AAAUAAAUUGGAUAGUUAUAUGGACCGAAAAGGUAUGGAGGGUUAUGGUCUGAACGCAGGUGUAUGGGACUAGGGGAGAAUACGUGUUCGGCACGGACUAGAACGGUCUAGAUGGCCUGUUUCCGUGCUGUAAUUGUUAUAUGGUUAUAUGGUUAAUGUUGAUGUGUGAAUUUGGCAAUUGUUAGAGCUUUCUGACAUUCACAUUUCGGACAAUUUUCACAUUCUGACAAAACUGUUUAAAUUCUACUGUAAUGGUGUGGACCAACAACUAGCUGGAAAUCUUUUCAUAGCAGUAUCGACCUGAGCUUUAAUUCAGAUAGUACCUAAAAGUGUGUCAGUGAUCUGUGUGGAGCACUUCCCUUUGCAUUACACCAAUAGAGGAAGUUUGCAAAUACAGCUGCUUUUACCCAAGAAAAAUCACACAAAAAAAUUCAUGCCCAUUUGUGAUCCACACUACCUGGGUUUUCUGCAAAAUUUCAAAGUAGGACAUUAAAAGCUGGGAAUAGCAAUUGUAAAUAAAGAUCAAUAUUAAUUUCUGUUUAUGGAUUUGAAUAAGAAUAACUGACUUUUGAAAACUUGCACAAGUAGAUAGGAAAUAGCAGAAGUGGCAGUUGUGUUAUGUGCAAGCAGUUGCGUGUAUCAACACUCUAAAAAAAAGGAACAUUAUACGUGCUAGCAAAGAUUUCAACAUGUUCAACCCACAACUUUCAUUGUUUAAGUGAGCGAUGAUUGAUGGCUGCUAAGAAGCCUGUGGUUGGGUAGUCACAAUUUUAAUCGCAUCAGUUGCCACCUCAAUAUCUUAAAGCAUUUAGAACCGUGUAACAUUAUCGAGAAACAUUUGAGCGCUGCUUAACAGGAGUCCCUCCUGUGAAAUAGUCUCUUUUCAAAAGCAGCAAAACGAAAACUGAAAUAUGUCUCGCUACGCAAGUCCCAAGUCAUCAUUCCGUCGCUUGGUUAUACAGACAAGAUCGCCAACAUCUUCUAGCAACUUAUACUCUUCACCAGUUCAUCAAUCCUUUACAGAAGCAAAGACAUACUCCAGUCCAUUGUCUGCAUCAAGUCGGAUGAGCAUGAAUGGUUCCAGCAAUAAUGAUACAUUGGACUUUUCCCUACUGGAUGCUGUUAGUGAUGAAUUCAAAACCAACCGCACAAGUGAGAAAGACAAACUCAUCGAGCUGAAUAACCGCUUUGUCAUCUACAUUGAUAAGGUGAGGUCCAUGGAGCAACAAAACAAAAUUCUUGAAACUGAAAUACAAGAACUGAAGGGCAAAGGCAAUUCCAAGGCUGGGAACAUCUAUGACCAGGAGAUUAAGAAACUGCGACAAGAAGUUGAGCAGCUUACCAAGGAGAAAACGAGGAUUGAAGUUGCAAGAGACAACUUAUUGGAUGAUAUUCAGAAACUCAAGAAUAAGCUGAGGAAUGAAAUACAACAACGUGAGGAAGCUGAAAAUAACCUGUCAGAUUUUAGAGAGGAUGUGGAUGAAGCUACACAGACCUGUGCAGAUCUGCAACAUAAAAUUAAUGCACUGCAAGAUGAAAUAAUCUUCUUAAAGAAACUUCAUGAAGAAGAACUCAUUGAGAUGCAAGUUAAUGAACAGCAACAUAUCAAAAUAGAGAAGGAUUCAGCUGGUCCUGAUCUUUCCAUGGCACUCCAUGAAGCUCGUUCUCAAUUUGAUAAACUUGCUGCUAAGAAUAUUUCUGAGACCGAGGAAUGGUACAAGUCUAAGAUUUCCGAUCUAUCUCAAAAUGUUACCCGCGCCAAUGAUUCUCUUCGCCUGGCAAAACAAGAAGCAAAUAAUUACCGUAGAGAGGCCCAAGGACUAAAAUGUGAAGCUGAAGCUCUUAAAGGAGCUAAAGGUCUUCUUGAGCGUCAGAAGGAAGAAAUGGAAGUACAGUUUGCCAAGGAGGCAGAUAAAUUCCAGGACAUAAUUGUGCAGCGUGAAGAGGAAAUAAAUAAUUUGAGUGAACAGAUGAGCCGUCGCCUGUAUGAAUAUCAGGAUUUGCUCAAAGUUAAAACCGUUUUAGAUGCCGAAAUAGCAACAUACAGGAAUUUACUGGAGUCUGAGGAAAAUAGGAUUUCUAUACCUUCUCCUUCUCUGCUCCUGAAAGAAAAAGGUGUACCGGAGGUUUUUUCAUCUGUCAGGAAAUUGUCUGUGAAAACAAUCGAGUUAAAAGAUGGAGAGGUUAUCGCUGAAACUACUGAAGAGCAUGAAGUGAAUGCCAUCAAAGAAGAUGUCUUUUCUGAAGAUGAAGCUUCCAGCUAAAGAAUAAAAAUCCUGACUUUUAAGGGAUAGUAUUCCAAGCAUAAAAUGAAAAUGAAAAUGCUGUUUUCAUUUCUCUGUUGCUCCAUAGAUGCUGCCUGACAUGCUGACAUUGUCUGUUUUCAUUUCAGAUUUCCAGGAUCGGCAAUUAUUUUGCUUUUCUUUUAUCAUUGUGAAGAAAAAGUUUAAGAUAUAAAGCUUUGUAGAUUUAUUUGAGGAGCUGCACUGUAAAAGAGUUAUACCUAAUAAUUUGUCAAAAUAAUAGUGGUAGCAGUCAUAGUCUAUUAAACAGUAUGUAAUUGCAUAACAUGUAGCCAAAGAUGCAUGAGUUCUGGAGUCAUGCAGCUCAGAAAAAAAGCCUUUUACUGUAUGUAAAUGGGUAAAAAGGGUGGCAUGGGCCUGAUCCCAUUGCCUGCAUGAAGACUGCACACAUUUAUGCAAACCGCUUUUAAAUUGAAUUAAAUACUCUUUCUGCUUCACUGUAUUGAGCAUUGCCACUUCUGCUUAAAUAACAAUUUCUGGUGUUAAACAGAAAAUGAGCAUUCAUUGUUUUCUUCUAAGAAUAACUAUGUAUUUCAGUGAUACCUAAGGGCCAAAUUGCUGAAUAAAAGGCAAUUAAUACCUG